CGAGUAUCUUUGCAAUUGAGCGGCUGCCAGGAGGAACCAAGAGCUUCGAUUGCCUUGGCUCGAAUCAAUCACCUGCUGCAAAUCCGAUCCCUCCCUGUGAGCAACUGUAGCGCAGCUUCAAACGCGGGGCUCCCGGAUCUGAAAAAAGCAAUCCCGAGCAAAAGCAUCGACACGAGACAACCGCAACCAUGGCCGCUCUCCGCUCAUCUACUCGAAUCCUCAGCUCCUCUACGAGGGCAGCUUUCCGACCCAGCGCCGUCUUCUCGCGCUCCAUGGCGUCGGUCAGCGAGACCACUGAGCAGCAGCCCAGAGUCAAGUCGUUCCAGAUCUACCGAUGGAAUCCCGAUACCCCAACCGAGAAGCCGCGGCUUCAGACCUACUCCAUUGACCUCAACAAGACGGGCCCCAUGAUCUUGGACGCCCUGAUCAAGAUCAAGAACGAGCAGGACCCGUCGCUGACCUUCCGGAGAAGCUGCCGAGAGGGCAUCUGCGGCAGCUGUGCCAUGAACAUCAACGGCCAGAACACCCUGGCUUGCUUGUGCCGAAUCCCCACCGAGUCUGCCUCCGAUGUCAAGAUCUACCCUCUGCCGCACACCUACGUCGUCAAGGACCUGGUGCCCGACUUGACGCACUUCUACAAGCAAUACAAGUCCAUCCAGCCCUACCUGCAGCGCGAUACCCCUGCUGAAGACGGCAAGGAGUACCGCCAGAGCAAGGCGGAUCGAAAGAAGCUGGACGGUCUCUACGAGUGCAUUCUGUGCGCCUGCUGCUCAACCUCGUGCCCCUCGUACUGGUGGAAUUCCGAAGAGUACCUCGGCCCCGCCAUCCUGCUGCAGUCAUACCGAUGGCUGAUUGACUCCCGAGACGAGCGCACGGAGGCCCGCAAGUCCAAGCUCGAGAACUCAAUGAGCCUGUACCGUUGCCACACCAUUCUCAACUGCACGCGUGCUUGCCCCAAGGGCCUGAACCCCGGCAAGGCCAUUGCCGAGAUCAAGAAGCAAAUGUCUCUUGGAGCAUAAAGAGCGAAUUAGGUUGUUAUUGGGGGGGAAUGAAUAGGAAACAAAAAUUGGGCGGAUAACUUGAGGAUUCACUGCCGCUGUGUAUUAAUCACCGAUGGAAUUACCAUCUAUCGAUGUUCGACUAGGGAGAAGAGUAAAAAUAUCUUUUUUUUACAUAACCAGUUCAUUGUACUCUCG